AUGAGCUCGGCCGAGGCGGCGCCGGGGCCCGAGAGGGGUGUCAAGAGCGAGAAAGUGGACGAAGCGCAGGCCCUGGCGCGGAGCUGCGCGGCGCGGAGACCCGACUUCCAGCCGUGCGACGGGCUCUCCAUCUGCGCCACCCACAGCCAUGGCAAAUGCUUCAAGCUGCACUGGUGCUGUCACCUAGGCUGGUGCCACUGUAAAUAUGUCUAUCAGCCCAUGACCCCCGUAGAACAGCUUCCCAGCACUGAGAUUCCUGCCAAACCCCGAGAGCCCACCAACAGCAUUCAGAUCUCGGUCUCCCUCGUGGAACACUUCUUGAAAUUCGCAUCCGUCUUCCGGCCUCCCCUGCCCCGUGACUCCCCGAGGUAUUGCACGAUUUCCGACCUCUUCAUCGACAGCUAUCAGGUCAAGUGCAUUAAUGGAAAGAUGUGCUACGUGCAGAAGCAGCCCCUGUCCCCCCCGCACCCCACGAGCCCCGAGGAGGUCUCUGCACACGAUGCCUUAAUUUCAAAAGAGAGCAAUACACCAAAAAUAAAUCACUGCUCUUCUCCUUCGAGCUCUGAGGACUCGGGGAUCAACGCGAUUGGGGCUCACUACAUGGAAUCCUGUGAUGAGGACACAGAGGAAGGGGCAGAGUUGAGUUCGGAAGAAGAUUACAGUCCGGAGAGUAGCUGGGAGCCGGAUGAAUGCCCCCUCCUGUCUCCAUCCCAGUCCGACUUGGAAGUCAUCGAAACAAUAGAAACCACUGUGUGAGAGAGACACUGGCAGGGAACUGUAGCCCAGGGAUCGCUGCUGGACAAGCUUUGGCCGCUGUGUCUCCCCUCCACCGCAGCGGACGUUCUAUGCUGUGUCCCUAACCCCCGAGAACUUGUAACGCCUCCGUGGGUCCCCUGGUCCUUCUCUGUCGGACAGAGCGCCCUCUCUGAAGCUUAUAAUCACAUUCUAGUUUUCUAUGUUUGGUGUCCCACGUGGUGGCCCUCUUUUAUUUGGUCAUGAUCACAACGUAUCAUGAAGACUUUUAUAAGAACUACUCGAGGGUGAAGGAGACAUUGUGUAUCCUUUACAGUGUCAACCUUCCGGCCUCAUCUUGCUACUUAUCCACGUUGUGAUCCCAGUGAAUAGCCAUUCACCCUGCCCUCUUCAUCUCCAAAGCUAGUUCUAUUCUAGCUAACCGUUCUGUUCCGGUCAUUAACCCCUCCCCCAAAGGCCAUGUUGGUUUUCAAAGUGGCACUAAGAUGGUGUUGGGGGCCUAGAGCCAAGUCCCAUGACUGCCAUAGUACAGACCAGCCAUAACUGGUCAUCGAGUUAGGUCCUGACCAUUGAGGCAGUAGAAGGUGGAUAUCUGGGAUAGACAUCUAUUCCCCUGGCUGCAUUCCAUACAUGUCACCUCAUGUUCCACACGGGAACAUGGGGAUGGGGGAGAACCCUGUCUGAACUGCUAGUGUCCCAGAAAGAACCACAUUUGUCUUCUUGACCGAGCAGAACACAUAUCCUUAGAGUAAUAUAACCCUAGUCUUUGCUAAUUUUGGAGAAAGUGGACAGUGUUGAACCUUAAAUCUUUGUAUAUCUCUAAGGGCUUGGCUGCCCGGUAUCAUCUUGGCCUCUCUCUCUUCUUUCCCUUUAAAAUUUUAGGAAGAAUUUUUAGGAGGCUGUUUAGGUGCUCUUAGCUUUCAUGAUUCAUAGAUUGACAGAGGUCAAAGGGGCCUUAGAAGUUACCAAUCUAACCUCCUGCAUUUGAUGGAUAAGGAAACAGAGGCUCUGCUUUGGGAAAGUGACCAGCCCAGGUCACAGCUAUUUAAUGGCAGAAUUGGUCCCAGGGCCUUUCUUCUGGCCCCUAUUAGAGUUCAUCCGUGAAAUGGAAAGUGAAUGAGCCUAAGUGGGCACAGCCAAGAGGAGGUGAGGAAUGAAUCCCAGAGGGCUGAUCUAACCCUACUUCAUUGGGUAGUAAUGGGAAGAUUGAAAACAGCUUUGGUGAAAUUAGAAGGACAAAGCAGUUUGAUGCAUGGAAUUUUAAUGCAAAUUCUGAGAAUUCAAUUUAACUCAAUUCUGUUGAGCAAAUAUUAAGUGCCCACUCUGAAUGAGACACUGUUAGGUGUCAGGGAUACCAGAUGAAAACCAAUGGUACCUUCCUUCAUGGAAUACAUUGUUUCCCUGGGGUGAGGGGUGGGGGUGGGUAAUGUAAUAUGUAGACAGAUUAAUGUAAUGUAGAGUAAGGUGUGAGAGAGGCCAAGUGAUCUAUGAACAUUUGAGGAGGCAGAAGUAUGGAGGGAAGAUCAGGAAAGGCUUCAAGGAGGAGGUGCAUCUGAGUUGAGCCUUGAAGGAAAACCAUAGAAUGUUAGCACUGGCAGAGAACUUAGAUACCAGCUGGUCUAAACCCUUCAUUUCACAGAGGAAAAAAACUGAGGCUCAGAGAAGGAGAGAGAUUUGCCUAAUGAGAGAGAUUUAGACAGGCAGAGGUGGGGGGUGGUAUUCCAGGCAUAGGAAACAGCCUAUGGCAAUGUAAGGAGGUGGGAGAUGAGCAGGAGGAGAUUGAGAACAGUUAGAAGCUGAGUUUGGCUAGAAUUCAGAGUCAGUGGAAGGGAAUAAACUGAAAUAAAGACUAGGUGGUAAAUAAAGAAGGAGACUAGGUGGUGGGAGGGCCUGCCAUGCCAAGCUAAGGAGAAAAGAUUUUUAUGAAAUACUCUUAAAUUAUUUCACUAUGAUAUUAUUCAUUUUUUGGUAUGCUUUCUCCCCCCCACAAGAAUAGCCAUAGAGUUCAAAGAGAAUUUCUAUUUUAAGUUUUGGUUCUUCCAAAGAAACUUUGAAGUUUCUUCCUAACAGCCUUUCAUAUAAAAUAUUUGCCAUUCCUCCAUAUUGGUCAAGAAUUGGAGAAAUCUCUAAUAUGGUGUCAGUGGCCAGAGGAUGGAUGAUCACUGUUGACAGUGGGGAAGCAUUCUUUGGCCCCUUCUAUUCUGCUAUAGUAUAGACCAGCCAUAACUGGUCAUUGAGCUGGCUCCUUACCACCAAGGCAGUAGGAGGUGGAUAUCUGGGAUAGACCGGUUGCAUUCCAUACAUGUCACCUCAUGUUCCAUGUGGACAUAUGGGGGUGGAGAGAACUCUGGUGCCCUGUCUGGACUGCUAGUGUCCCAGCAAGAACCACAUUUGUUUUCUUGACCAAGUAGAGUGCAUAUCCUUAGAGUAAUAUAACCCCUAAUAUAACAGACAGUUUAGGACCAGCUAAGCAGGAGUUCAUCAGUAUUCAAGUCUCUCUGUCUCUGUCUCUCUAUGUCUCUCUGUCUCUCUCUCUCUCUAUCUCUCUGUCUCUCUGUCUCUCUCUCUCCCUCCCUCCUCUCUCUUUUUUUUCUUUCUCACUCAAUUUAUUUCAGUUUCCACUUUAAGAGAUGAGAAACCAUCAGGGGCUUUAUCUUCAUUUUCCAUUAAGUUUCUUUUCUCUUUCAAUUGUUACUUAAAGGAAUUUCAGAGGUCAACUAAUGUAACCUCCCCACAUUUUACCAAUGAGGAAACUGAGGCCUAUAACCUCCUCUGGUCAAAGAUUUCUUGGAAGUCAUCCAGCCCAACCCCCUCACUUUUACAGAUGAGGAAACAGAGGUUCAAAAUUCCUUACCCUCUUCCCUCUCCUUUCCUCUCCCUUCACCUCUCCUCCUUUCUCAUCUCUCCCAGAACCCUUUCUGAGCUUCUUGAACACCAUUCAUUCUCUCUGUAAGCCAGCCACCACCAUUCCAAGGAAAACUUCCCCAGGUCCUUGAGACACCAAAGCCUCGGCAAGGCUUGGACUUGGAUGCUUUCCUUUCCUUAUUACAGAGGGUGGGCUCUCACCCAGUCUGCUUUGAUCAUCACAAUAGCCUUGUAUGAGAGGAAAAUAGUGGGGCAGGAACAGAGAGAGGCUGUUUCCUUUGAAACCAUUAUUAAUAAGACCUUCCUCUGUUCUCUCAGAGAUGCAGCCCAAACCUCCCACUUCUGUGUCCAGUGGUCUGAAUGUCUGCUGUUUCUAGCCUGGAAGCAGGUCAUAGGAAAGGAGGGAUCCUGCAGAUUGUGUGCUAGUGUGGGUCAGGGCCAGAGCCAGGCUCUGAGAUGUAGCCAAGCAGCUGAUGGGCUCUAUCCUGGUGGAAAAAGCAGACCAGGAGUCAAAGGAGAUCGAGAUUCAAAGUUUGCCUCUGGUUCUUACCAGCUGCACAACCCUGGGCAGGUCACUAUCCUCUCUGAACCUCAGUUUGUCCAUCUAUAAAAUAGGAAUGAAACUACCAAGAGC